AGGCUUGAGUAGUCAUGGGGACGCUGCUGCGGUGGCUUGGCGCGGCGCUGCUCGUGCUGCCUUUGAGCGCGGGCCGCGGCUUCUUCCUCCCCUUGCGCCGCCCGCAGAGCUGCGGUGGGACUCAGUACUUCGACAUCGCCAGCUUGGACUGCGGACGGUGUGGGGAGUUCCAGAGGCAAAGCGCUCAGGGUACAUCAUGUGACUGUCUUCCAGGAUUCAAGAAAGUUUCUGAUAAUGGUGGAACAUCUAUUAUGUGUGAAAAAUGUCCGGAAACCAUGAGUGGAGUUACUCAAGAUGGAUGGGAUUGCAUUACUUGUCCUAGUGGCUUAACUACAGAAGGAAAAUGUAAAUGUGCUAAUAAUGAGAUUUUAGUGGAAAGAAAUACUAGUGGUACACUACUGAAAACUGCAUCAUGUGUUCGAUGUAAUGGAAAGGAACAGUCAUUUUCAAUUUCAAAUGCAUUAAAUAACAUGUGCAUAAGAUGUCAACCAACAUUCAUCAGUGUCAACAAAUCAUGUAGCUGUUCUGAGCCAAAUGUUUUAACAGGAGGGUUAUGUUUCACAAGCACUGGAAAUUUCCCUCCAAAAGGAAUUACAACUGUUAGAUUUGGAAAACUAGGCAUCACAUUGAGAUCAGAAUGGUUUUAUAAAAAUCUUCAAGCAACCGCAGCUGCUUGCUGGCUGUAUUCCAAUCUUACAUCUUGCCAAGCCUUGGGAAAUAUGUGUGUUAUGAACAUGAAUAGUUUGAGCUCUGCUACUCCUGAUGCAUGUGGUUUGUUUCAGUAUGUGUUUGCAAAUACUGCUGGACUUGGAACUGUUCAUUCAAUAUCAUUUUGGAGACAGACUCUUCCAUGGCUCUACUAUGGUGACCAACCAGGCUUAGCAUCCCAGGUUCUUGAUACAACAGAGUUUCCUAGUAGCUUUACUUUUAAAGAAAAGGACAAGGAUGUAAAAUUAAAGUUUAUUGCAGCUUCAUAUGAUGCAAUGGGAAAUUUUCUGAAAUGGCAACAUUUAGAAGGUGGCUUUUUACAGCUUUGUCCAGAUACAUUAAUUAGACUGAAUGCUGCUUAUAAUUUUGGAACAACCUACCAACAAAAGUGUACAAUUUCAGUUUCCAAGAUUUUAAAGGAUUAUGCUGAACCUGUGUUUUAUGAUGUAUUCCUUGAGUAUUAUGAUGAAGAAGAUGGACAGCAAUACCUUUGGGCAGUGCCAGUGUUAAAUGUGAAUCUUAGGUAUAAUGAAAUGUUUGUGAACCAAGGCAGCAAUGUGAACAACUGGCUUUUGACACGCCGUAUAUUUUUGGUGGAUACCUUAAGUGGGCGAGAAAAUGACUUGGAAAGCCAGCCAAAAGUAAUCCGAAUUGCUAGUAAAAUAGCAAUAAGUAUUCAUCUUGUGCAGAACACUCAGAGGGGAGCCAUCUAUCCUCCUCUAAUGACAAUUGCCUACAGUGAUGUUCUCAUCCAAAAUCCCAGUGAUGAGAAUGUAAUGGUUUCCUUCUCAGUCAACUAUGAAAUGAACCAGUCAGAGGCUCGCAUUCAGACUGAUAUAGCACUUGGUGUUCUGGGUGGCCUGGCAGUUCUGUGGUCCCUUCUCAAGACUGCUGGCUGGAAGAGGCGUAUAGGAAGCCCCAUGAUUGACUUACAGACAGUUCUGAAGUUUCUGCUAUUCUAUGCUGGAGACCUUGCAAACGUUUUCUUCAUCAUCACAGUGGGAACAGGGAUUUAUUGGCUUAUAUUUUUUAAAGCACAGCAGUUUGUCUCUGUUUUACUACCUCUGCCAAGUCAAGAAGUUAAGUUUAUUUCUUAUGUUGGAUGUGCUUUUGCUCUGAAGGCACUGCACUUUUUGCAUCUGCUUGUUUCCCAACUUACAGUAGAUAUCUUUUUCAUCGACUGGGAGCGUCCAAAAGGAAAGGUUCUUAAAGCAGUGGAAGGAGAAAAUGGCAUAAGAAGUAUUUCUGCACCGGUCAGCAUAUGGAGAACAUAUUUCAUAGCAAAUGAGUGGAAUGAAAUUCAGACCAUUAGGAAAAUAAAUCCUCUCUUCCAAGUGCUUGCUGUUCUCUUCUUUUUAGAGGUUGUAGGAUUCUCAAAUUUAGCCUUAAUGGAUUCAUCUUCUCAUCUUACUAGAAACCCUGAAAGUUACAUAGCACCCUGGAGCCGCAUUCUGAGAUACGGUGUAUCUGCUGUACUUUGGUUACUGAUUGCUAUAAUUCAGGUGGUACACUUUUCUGUCUUUUAUGAAAGAUUUAUAGAAGAUAAGAUCAGGCAGUUUGCUGAUUUAUGCUGCAUGAGCAAUAUUUCAGUUUUUCUAUUGUCAGAUAGAUGUUUUGGAUAUUACAUUCAUGGGAGAUCUGUGCACGGCCACUCAGAUACAAAUAUGGAAGAGAUGAAUAUGAACCUAAAGAGGGAAGCAGAAAAUCUCUGUAGCCAAAGAGGUUUGUUACCAAAUACAGAUGGCCAGACAUUUCAGAUUUCCAUUUCAAGCAAGAUGAGGCAGCAGUACGACAAGAUUCAUGAAACAUUGACAAGGAAACAUGGUCCCGUUAGGCUUCUGAAUUCUUCUGCGACCACAUUUGAGCAAAGCACAAAAGCAUACCACACUAUGAAUAAAUUUCUAAGCUCAUUUAUUGAUCAUGUUCAUAAGGAAAUGGAUUACAUCAUAAAGGACAAAUUGUUGUUAGAACGAAUUCUUGGAAUGGAGUUCAUGGAACCAAUAGAAAAGAGCAUCUUUUACAAUGAUGAAGGUCAUUCUUUCAGUGAUAUUCUUUAUUAUGGCAAUGAAACUACCCUUCUCAUCUUUGAUAUGCUGUUUUUUGCCAUUGUGGAUAUGGCUACCCAAAGUUUUGUUUUAGCAGCUGUUCUUACCUAUGUACAACAAGAGAUUUUCAGGUUUAUUCGUAAUACAGUUGGACAGAAGAAUUUAGCAUCCAAGACAUUAGUGGAUGAACGAUUCCUUAUAUAAAUGGAAAAAAAAGUUCUUUAUUGGACACUAAUGUUGCUGUGGAUAAAGUUGUACAAAAGAAGAAUCUAUUUGCAGUAUUAUUUAAAUAUUAAUGUAUACUAUUUUUGUUAUGUGGCAAACUGGAAAAUCUGUUUUUGUAUGAAUUAAAUACUUUGGUACUUAUAAUAGCUCAUAAUGAAUUGCAUACCUUAGAGCAUUGAUAAAAUAUGAUAAGAUUCUGUUGUUGAAAUUCAUGCAUUAAUAUUGUAAAUUAUACAAAAACUCAUACGUGUUACUGUAAUGUUUCUCAGUCUUGGCUAUGUUGAACGUAUUUGCAUGUGGUUUAAAAUAACCUUUAUGGGUUUAUAAUCCUGCAGUCUUAUGAAGUAGCUGAUUUAGAAUAUGUAAGUAUUUUAAUACUGUUUU